CGUUCGGGUCAAGUCAGCUGUCUCUCUGUGGGCAAAGGGCGGAAGCCGGAGCAGCCUGGGGCGGAGCUUCGCACGGAGCGAACGCCCGCCCGCCCGUCCUACGUGCUCGUUCGCCUCCGUCCGCUGCGCGCGAGCCGGGAGUCCCCGCGGCGGGCGGCGGCGGCGGCGGCGUUGGCCGAAGGCGGAGGCGGUGGAGGAGAGCCCGCGGCUGCCGCGGCGACAGCGAGAUGGCGGAGACCGUAGCGGACACCCGGCGGCUGAUCACCAAGCCGCAGAACCUGAACGACGCCUACGGGCCGCCCAGCAACUUCCUCGAGAUCGAUGUGAGCAACCCGCAGACCGUGGGGGUCGGCCGGGGCCGCUUCACCACCUAUGAGAUCAGGGUCAAGACAAAUCUUCCUAUAUUCAAGCUGAAGGAAUCUACUGUUAGAAGAAGAUACAGUGACUUUGAGUGGCUUCGAAGUGAACUAGAAAGAGAGAGCAAGGUGGUGGUCCCUCCGCUCCCUGGGAAAGCGUUUUUGCGGCAGCUCCCUUUUAGAGGGGACGACGGGAUAUUUGAUGACAGUUUCAUCGAGGAGAGGAAACAAGGGCUGGAGCAGUUUAUAAACAAGGUCGCUGGUCAUCCUCUGGCCCAGAAUGAACGUUGUCUUCACAUGUUUUUGCAGGAUGAGACAAUAGAUAAAAGCUAUACUCCGUCUAAAAUAAGACAUGCCUGAGUUUGGCAGGAAGAAGCAGAAUGAGGCCAUUACUGACCCCCCACACACUGAAGACAUUGUAACUAACAUAGCAUGCUGCACAGACACUGCUGUAACACGCCCCGGCUCGACUAACGCUCACACGCUCCCCUUUCAUUCGGUUUUGUUUGGCAGUUGACAAGAAGUUAAUUUGCUUUAGUGAAAACUCCCUUGCUUCAGCCUCUAAGUAGCUCUUCCCUGCUGUGUCCAUGCGCACACUGUGAUGUCACGAGCCCGUAGAACCUGCAGUGUCCUGACUAAAGUUGCCAACUUGGUCUUAUUUGCAGUUUCUGUGUCGUUUGCUUCUUGAAUCUGAUUGACUAGACUAUUUCUCCCCCACCCCAUGUGUGAUGUCACCACUUGGUCCUAAUUUAUGUGCAGGAGCAUGACACCAUUUGUCUCCAGCGCCACACAUACAAGGUAUACUUUGUGUGCAGAACGUGUCUUCCUUCUGGCCUGUAAUCCCCUUCACAUGGAAGAUUAAUGAGGGAAAUCUUUAUAUUCUGUAUAAAAACAAAAUCAAAUUUAUAUACUAAAAUCAUUUGUCUAAAAAUUUAAGUUGUUUUCAAAUAAAAGUUGAAAUGCA